AUGCCGGCUAUAGAAGAUGCCGGCGACGGAUUGCCGUCAACGGCGGAGAAAACCCUGUUCGGAAAAUACGAGGUCGGUCGUCUUCUUGGAUAUGGAGCCUUUGCUAAGGUGUAUCACGCGCGUGAUGUGCAAACGGAGAAGAGUGUGGCAAUUAAAGCCAUCAACAAGCAGACGAUUCUGAAAGGAGGCCUUGCUGCCAACGUCAAACGCGAGAUCUCUAUUAUGCGCCGGCUGCGCCACCCUAAUAUCGUGCGCCUUCUCGAAGUGCUUGCCAACAAGAAGAAAAUCUACUUUGUAUUGGAAUUCGCAAAAGGAGGCGAGUUAUUUGCCAAAGUUGCCAAAUCACGUUUUAGCGAGCAUCUCAGCCGUCGAUAUUUCCAGCAACUCAUCUCAGCCGUUGAUCCGACCCGACGGACUCCUCCACACGCUUUGCGGGACCCCUGCUUACGUGGCACCGGAGAUUUUGUUGAAGAAAGGUUACGAUGGUGCAAAGGUGGAUAUCUGGUCCUGCGGCAUCAUCUUGUUCGUCCUCAACGCAGGUGGACGUCGCCAGAUCUGAAACGGCUUAUAUCACGUCUCCUUGACACGAACCCACAAACGAGAAUCACCGUGGAUGAAAUAAUCAACGAUCCUUGGUUUAAAAUCGGUUACAAAGAGGUCGAAUUUCAUUGCGAUCAUCUCGAACUGAAAGACGACGACGAUGAUUGCGAUUCCGCCACAUCCACCUCGACCGGCGACACUCUGAAGGUAAUGAACGCAUUUGAUAUAAUCUCCUACUCGUCCGGCUACAACCUGUCUCGGCUGUUAGAUGAUCGAGAGGUCGGAGAACGGUUUCUUUCUACGGCGUCGCCGGAGGAAAUCAUUGAGAAGGUGGUUGAGGUAGCAGAGGGAGAGAAUUUGACGGUGGUUACGAGAAAAGGGUGGUGUGUGAAAGUUGUAGGAGGGUAUAAUUGUAAUUUUGUAAUGGCGGUGGAGAUAAAACGAUUAACGGAAGAGCUGGUGGUAGUUGAAGUUAGGAGAAUAGAGAGUGAGGUAGGACCCGGUCAUCAAAUAUGGAAAAAUAAAAUUAAACCGGGUUUAAAUAAUUUGAUUUAUAAAACCGGACCCGCCGGUUGUCGGUAAUUCACUCGUAUAUUGGCCAUUUGGCCCCAUUGUUCCCUUCUCGUUCCGUUCAAAAUAGUCUUACUUUUUAAUUAUUCAAAAUUUAAACAAUUUAAACAUAAAAUAAUUUCAUGCAAUAUUUUUUUAUUUUAUAUUGACGUCUUUAAUCUGAUUUUUUUUUUUUUA